AUGACACCAACAUCUCCAGCAACUUUCCUGUCCAGCUCCUAUAUUGAGGCUAAUUCCACCCUCUAUACCAAUGUUUCCCUCAACCCAAGUUUGGCCUCCCCAGGACUUCUUAUCCCACUUGUAUACCUAGUAGUAUGCGCUGUUGGGUUAUGGGGUAACACAUUAGUAAUAUACCUAGCUUGGCGCAGUCCUGCUGGGCAGAACUCAGUAACUGCACUUUACAUCUUAAAUUUGGCAUUAGCUGAUGACCUUUUCAUGCUGGGGUUACCUUUCCUGGCAGCCCAGAAUGCAUUGUCCUACUGGCCAUUUGGAUCUCCUGCCUGCAGACUUGUAAUGACCCUUGAUUCAGUCAACCAGUUCACUAGCAUCUUUUGCUUGACAGUGUUAAGUUUGGACAGAUAUUUGGCUGUUGUUCGUCCAAUACAGUCAGCCAAAUGGAGGAGACUAAAGGUGGCCAAGUGUGUGAAUGUCACAGUGUGGAUACUCUCCUUCCUGGUUGUGCUCCCUGUUGUCUGCUUCUCUGGGGUACCACGUGAUUCUGGAACAUGUCACAUUGCUUGGCCUGAACCUGCACAAGCCUGGAGAACUGGAUUCAUUUUGUAUACUGCUGCACUUGGCUUCUUUUGCCCAUUACUCGUUAUUUGUAUCUGCCACCUACUGAUUGUGGCCCAGUUAAGGUCCUCAGGCAAGAGAGUCAGAGUAGCUCCAAACCGGCGUCAAGGGCCUGAACGUAAAGUAACAAAGAUGGUAGCCCUUGCAGUGACUGCCUUCAUCUUGUGCUGGUUGCCCUUCUAUGCCUUGAACAUCAUCAACCUUUUGUGGCCUUUGCCUGAGGGACCCAGACUGUAUGGACUCUACUCCUUUGUGGUGGCUCUUUCCUAUGCAAACAGCUGCCUCAACCCUAUCAUUUAUGCCCUGUUGGCCCGUCCCUUCCAGCGGGGUUUACGACGAGUACUAUGUAGGACCUCAGUGAGGGUGGGAGAUGGAGGGGUUCAAGGGGAACUAAGCCGGGUUAGUGGUAUCUCCCAAGAACUAAAGAGUGGGAGAGUAGAGAAUAGAGUUGAAAAGGUUGGGAAUUCGAGGGGUGAGGAUCCUGAACAACAGGAAGCAGGUACGUCUGCUCAAAAAGCUCUUCCAGAAGAUUUGGGGUCUUCUGAGAAGGAAAACAUGCUUGGAAUAAGUUAUUUAUAA